CGGCCAUCUUCCACGGAUAGUCUUCCUCGCGCCCAGGCUUGGUUCCAGAGCCAUGUCCCACUACCAUUUUGCGCCCCUACGCCCUUGAUCCGCUCACGGAGUUCCCUAUGGAGGAUAGCCCGACUCGGGACCUAAUCGAUCGCGCCCGGACCCGCCCCCGGCUCCACUCCAGCAGCUGCCCCGUGGGAAUCGUCCCAGUUCGGGUCGGUUCGGCCCAGUUCGACCCGGUUCAGGUCGCCCAAUCUCGGUCCAACCGUCCUCGGUUCGCUGGUGCUGGUCCGGCCGGCUAUUGGCCCGACUGGUCGCCCAGUCUGAUCCACCCUAGGGUCAGCCACCCAGUUCUGGCCAGGCCCGUCGGCCCCAGGGUCUGCCCACCAUCCUUCUUGGUCCGCGAAGCUCAGCUCUUCAUCUUUCGGUCCCAACCCAUCGAACUCGACAACCUUCUUCUUCCCGCGGGCUUCAGCGAUCUCCUGGGCCGUCGGAACAGGCAGCAGACCCAACCCACUAAACACCGGCGCGACCCACUCCUCUCCGCCGUCGCCCGCUUCCCCGACCGACCUCGGCCCCGUGGCCUGGACUUCCCUACUCACCGCGGGCCCUGGCGGAUUAGCGAUCGCCGACCCGGCCACGCCGCCCAUUGCGCUCCCCUUCUGCGCCGCGACCUCCUUGCCGGCAGCAGCCCCCGACGGCUUGUACCCCGCCGCUGCAAAGGGCCCGCUCGCGCCGCCUUUCGCGCCUCCCCCCUACGUCGCGACCUCUCGGCCGGCAGCAGCCCCCGGCGGCUUGGACACAAUCGUCGCAGAGGCCCUGCUCGCCGCGCUUCCUUCAGCCGUGCCUGCCCCCUUCUCCGAGAUCGGCUGAUCCUCCGGCGCCAGCUCUUUGUUCUUCAGGACGCCGAUCAGCACCUCCCUCACGGUCUCUGCGUGGGCUCGGCACAGAUUCUACGUCACUGACUUGCCCAUCCCCUCAAUCGAUAUGGCGAUUUGGCCUCCCAACGCCUCCAUGGCCCCGAUCGAGUCCCGCAAGGCGGCAGCUGCCCUUUCCGUGGACUCUGUUAGGCUUUCCAGCGUCGUGACGAUCACGUCAUACUUGUUCGUUGUUAUGUCCUUCACGGUCUCGAUCUCCUUGCCCUGAUUCUGCUAUUGCGGCUUGUCUGUGUUCGACAUCUUCAAUUUCUGAGGUUUUCAAUAAAUCAGCACACCAGCC